AUGUCAUUUAUUAGACGCUGGAAUAUCGGAACUCAGACUAGAAAAUUGUCCAACAUGGCCACCUUGAACGCAUCCAAAUUGACCAUCACCAAAACCACCACGCCGCGUGAAAAAGUUCCAAAGGAACAGUUGGUGUUCGGUAAGACCUUCACCGACCACAUUUUGGAGGUUGAAUGGACUGCCGAGAAAGGUUGGGCUGCUCCAACCAUCACUCCAUACCACAACUUGAGCUUUGAUCCAUCCACCAUUGUGUUCCACUAUGGAUUCGAGGCUUUCGAGGGAAUGAAGGCUUACAGAGAUAGCAAAAACCAGAUCCGUAUUUUCCGUCCCGACAGAAACAUGGCCCGUAUGAACACAUCUGCUGAGAGAAUCGCUUUGCCUACUUUCGACUCUGCCGAAUUCAUCAAGUUGAUCAACGAGUUCGUGAAGUUGGACGAGAGCUUCGUGCCUGAGGGCGAGGGCUACUCGUUGUACUUGCGUCCUACCAUCAUCGGAACCUCUGCUUCUUUGGGUGUCUCUACCCCUGACAAGGCGCUCUUGUAUUUGAUUGCCUCCCCUGUUGGACCAUACUACUCCACUGGCUUCAAGGCUGUUUCCUUGGAGGCCACCGACUAUGCCGUCAGAGCUUGGCCAGGUGGUGUUGGUAACAAGAAGCUUGGUGCCAACUAUGCACCAUGCGUGAAGCCACAAUUGGAGGCUGCUGCCAGAGGCUACCAACAGAACUUGUGGUUGUUCGGUGAGGAGGGCUACAUUACUGAGGUCGGAACCAUGAACGUAUUCUUCGUUUUCAAGAACGCUGACGGUAAGAAGGAAUUGGUCACUGCUCCUUUGGAUGGCACCAUCUUGGAGGGUGUCACCAGAGACUCCGUUUUGACUUUGGCCAGAGACAGAUUGCCUGCCGACGAAUGGACUGUUAACGAGAGAAAGUUCACUGUCCAAGAGGUGAAGGACAGAGCCGCCAAGGGUGAGUUGGUCGAGGCCUUCGGUUCUGGUACUGCUGCCUUGGUCUCUCCAAUCAAAAACAUUGGCUGGAAAGGUGAGGACAUUGCUGUUCCUUUGGCUGCCGGCGAGGCUGGUGAGUUGACUGUGCAAAUGUCUGAAUGGAUCAAGAAGAUCCAAUACGGUGAGGAGGAAUACAAGGGCUGGUCCAUGCUCAUCCAAUAG